UUAAUGUAACAAGCUGGGAGCUGGAAGACUAUAAAACGGAUUGUGACAGCUUUUGCAACUGUUUUCUCUAUUAUGACUUGCCUGGUGGAAGUUGAUUAGAUAGUUGGCAGAGGUAAAUGAAGUUAUGGGUAAUGAAAUCCUAUUAUUAAUGAUGACCUUGCUGACCAUAAGAGGAUAUAAAGCAAAUGUCUACAGUUUUGGAGCAACUGAAAGUCAAGGAGAUGAACCAAUUACAAGCCAUCCUCUUAAAGUGCUACAGGAGCUUUAUAUGUACCCCUCUGAGUUACCACAGGAACCCCAAGUGAUGCAAUAUGUGUAUAUGCCCCAACAGUAUCAGACCAAACUCCCCCAAGAACAGCAGCAGGAGCCUACGUCAGAAGUAGCUCAAAACCAACAGCAGCAGGAAAUGGAUCCCAUUAAAAUGCCCCAAAAGCAGCAAAUUUACACAUCCAUGCUGCCCCACAUGCAACCACAGGUGCCCCAACAACAGCAAAUGUUUUUCUAUGAGGUACCACAGCAGGUCCAGCUGCCCCAACAGCACCAAGUGCAGGUGCAUGAUGUCCCCCAACAGCAGCAGAUGCCCCAACCUGGUGUCCCCCAAAAGCUUCAGCAGCAGAUGCCCCUACCUGGUGUGCCUCCUCAGCAGCAGAUGCCCCCACUUGGUGCACCCCAGCAGCACCAACAGAUGCCCCCACCUAGUGUGCCUCUGCAGCAGCAGCAUCAGCAGAUGUCCCCACUUGGUGCACCCCAGCAGCAGAUGCAAGUGUCCCCACCUGGUGCACCCCAUCAGCCCCAGCAACAACACAAGCCUCCACCUGGUGUACCCCAGCAGCAGCAGCAGCAGCAGCAGCAGCAGGUGCCCUCACCUGGUGUGGCUCCUCAGCAGAUGCAAGAACCUCUGCCUGGUGCAUCCCAUCAGCCCCAGCACCAACACACGCCCCCACCUGGUGCACCCCAGCAGCAGCUGCACGUGUCCCACAUGCCCCUAAAGCAGCAAGUAUAUUUCUCUGAAGUAGACAAAGGCCAGAUGCCCCAACACCAAGUGCUUACACAAAUUGUGCCCCAACAACAGCAGUCGGUCCCCCCACCCAGUGUAUCUCAACAGCAGCAGUUGCACACAUCCACCAAUCCACAGCAGCGGACCACACCCAUCAUUGCCCAGCAGUAUAGUGCCUCCCCUGAGGGUCUCCCUCAGCAGCACCAUGUGCCCCAGCAACAAGUGCACACACCCAAUGUGCCACAAGGAACAGGUGGCCAACAGGCCACUGUGCCUAGUGGGCCUUGGCAACACCAGGUGCCCCAACAGCAGCCCCAGAUGCAGCAGGUGUACAUGUCUUCUGUGCCCCAACAGCAGCAGAUGCUUUUCAGGUCUAAAGGACCAGAGCAACCCAAAGAACUACAACAUGUAUUCAUGACUCAGUUGCCCCCAAACCAGCAUAGACAGAUGUAUAUGCCCCAGUUGCCUCCACAAGGACUCCAGGUACCCAAACCACAUCGGAGUCACAAGUGCAAGGUGCAUCCAAAGCCACAAAAGCAGGCUGUGCAAGUGCAGAAUGGACCACCACAGCAGCAUGUGAUGCACACACCUGAGAUGCAGCAGAAGCAACUGCCACAAUUUGUACACAUGCUUGAUGUGCCCCAGCAGCAGGUGGUGCACAUGCCAGGGAUGCCCCCACAACAGCAGCAGCAGCAGCAGCAGAUGAAUAUGCAAAUGCCACAGGUCCCCCAGCAGCAGCAGCAGCAGGUGGCGCACAUGACAGAGGUGCUCCCACAACAGCAGCGAAAGGUGAUGCAUAUGGUAGUGUCCCCACAACAGCAGCAGCAGGUGUUGCACAUCCCAGAGCUGCCCCCACAACAACAACAACAGCAGGUGGUGCACAUCCCGGGGGUGCCCCCACAACAACAGCAGGUGGUGCACAUCCCAGAGGUGCCCCAACAACAACAACAACAGCAGCAGCAGGUGGUGCACAUCCCAGAGCUGCCCCCACAACAACAACAGCAGCAGCAGCAGGUGGUGCACAUCCCGGAGGUGCCCCCACAGCAGCAGCAGCAGGUGGUGCACAUCCAAGAGGUGCCCCCACAACAACAACAACAGCAGCAGCAGGUGGUGCACAUCCCAGAAGUGCCCCCACAACAGCAGCAGCAGGUGGUGAACACCCCAGAGGUGUCCCCACAACAACAACAGCAGCAGCAGCAGGUGGUGCACAUCCCGGAGGUGCCCCCCCAACAGCAGCAGCAGCGGCAGCAGCAGGUGGUGGUGCAUGUACCUGAAGUGUCUCCACAGCAGGUGGUUGUGUACGUCCCCAAGGUACCCUUGCCGCAGCAACAACAAGUCUUGUAUAUGCCCAAGGUGUCCCCGCAAGAGGUGUUGUAUCUUUCCAAGGCACCCCAACACCAACUGGAGGUACACAUUCCCAAAGUACCACAGCAACAAGAGGGACACGAGGCUGAGGAGCAGCAGCAGCAAAAGGCCCUCCAACAAAAUCAGCAAAUGUACAUCUCCAAAAUGCCUCACCUGCAGCAACAAGAAAUGAACAUGGCAGAGGUGCCCCAAAAACAGCAGCAGAAGGUAGCACACAUGGUCACUGUGCCCCCAAAACAGCUGCAGCAAUGGCAGCAACAGAUGGUACAUUUGCCAAGGGUGUCCUCUCAACAGCAGCAGGUGUCACACAUACUUGGGGUGCCCAAACAACAGCAGCAAGAGCAGCAGCAGCACAUGCCUAAUGUGACCCCAAGUGAGCAGGUGGUGGUGCAUCGGUUUAGGGUGCGCUACAAUGCCAAGACGCCAAGCUACAAAGUUCAGUUACCUCUGAAGCCUAAAUUCAGGCGAAAGAGACCAUCCUUAAAGGCCAAGCUGCUGCAGCGGAACAAAAAGGUUCUGCUACAAUGAAUGGAUCAUGUGCAUUGAUGUCUGGAAAAUAAAAUGAUUGGUUUAAAUUCUACUUGACUA